AUGAAGGAACUCUCUGCUCAGCUUUUCUUUCUCUCUUUCUCUCGUGUCUGUUUCUUCUGGACUCUUCUGACCGGGUCUCGCGCUCAGGACGCGGCCGGUGAUGACGCGCUCCGCCGCGGGUUGACAUGGCAGCACAACGGGCAGGUGUUCAGCCUCCUGAGCCGCGGGGCUCAGUACCGACCGUCCAGCCGGAGGCAGACCGGCUCCCCGGGCCGCGGGGGCCCCGUGGUGGUCGUCAGCACCAGGAACGAAACGGGGGUCUCCUCCGCGGCGCAGCCCCGCAGCUCCCCGCGGGUCCCCGCAUCCAGCGGCACCGCGCAAUUACGCACGAUGCUGCGCCGGCGGCCGCAGCAGCAGCCGGCUGAUGGGGACGCUGCUCCGGGGAGACGGGAGGACAUGAUGGUGGGAGAUGACCCGUACAACCCGUACAAGGCCUCCAACUAUUACCCCUAUUACAACUACUACAACUCCUACUACAGACCCAGAGCCCGGGCCCACCAGCGGCACGGAUACGGAACCAGCUUCCACCAGCACGGUCUCCCUGAUCUGGUUCCUGACCCCUACUACAUCCAGGUCGGCACCUACGUGCAGAGGAUGCCCAUGUACAGCCUGCGCUGUGCUGCCGAGGAGAACUGCCUCGCCUCGUCCUCCAGAUCUGCUCAGGAUUACGACACCAGAGUUCUGUUGAGGUUCCCUCAGAGGGUGAAGAACCAGGGAACGUCCGACUUCCUGCCCAGUAAACCUCGAUACUCCUGGGAGUGGCACAGCUGUCACAAUCAUUUCCACAGCAUGGACGAGUUCAGUCUGUACGAGCUGCUGGACGCUGGGACCCAGACUCAGGUCGCUGAGGGCCACAAGGCCAGCUUCUGUCUGGAGGACACUUCCUGUGACCCCGGAUACUACCGCCGCUUCGCCUGCACCUCACACACUCAGGGUUUGAGUCCAGGCUGUUAUGACACCUACAACGCAGACAUCGACUGUCAGUGGAUCGACAUCACCGACGUCUCACCUGGAAAAUACAUCCUCAAGGUGACAGUGAAUCCCCAGCAGCAGGUUCCAGAGUCCAACUUCAACAACAACGUGGCUCGCUGUGACGUCCAGUUCACCGGCACCGCCGCACACGUGUCCGGCUGCACCGUGACGUCGUAA